AUAAAAGUUGUUGUCCUCUUUGUCUCAGUUGGAAGGUUAAAGAUAUUCUAGGCAUUCAAUUUUUUGUCUUUCAAGUUUUUCUGAGUGUUAUAAAGGGAAGCAUAUGAAGCAGCACCUAAAAACUGGAAAAGAAAUGAUGGGGAAAUGAUACAGCAGAAGUCUGUAAAAUCAUGAGUGGCAUGAGGAGGAUGGAUAGGAAAUAAUUUAUUUUUGCCCAGAGCUUAGGUGCUAUUCGCCACAAUGUUUUGGAAUCUUAGUUUGGAAAUAACUUGGCAAAUUCAAAGAAGAAAAUCCUUUAAAGGUUAUGCAAAGACCCCUCUGAUGGCUCAAGAAGUCCCUGAUUAGCAGAUGAUUGGAGACUGGGAGUGUAUUCUGCAGAAGUGUCUUUGCCUUGUUAUAUUCUUUCCUAGCCAUCCACUGUUGCAUGCUUUUGGAGAACAAAUACUAAGUAAGCUGGAUGGACCUUUGGUCUGCCCUAGUACACCUGUAGGUGGACCGGAUCUUCAGAGUUGUUUUUAGGCCAAAAUGAUUGGGCAGGAUAAACUGUGGUGUGCAGUGUUAAGUUGUAAAAGGACUUUAAGCAUGCUGUGAUAUAAAUAGCUGCCUUUGUAACGUGGCAAACUGGAAAAACUUGACACAAUUGCAAAGAAAGUAGACGAGCGAGGAGGAUAGCUCAGGACAAAAACAGAUGAUGGUUUAGAUGAAGGAUGUCGAAUGAGGAAAAUCUUCACUUUAUCCAACUGCAGAAGAGAUUGGACAUCCAACAAACAUAAGUUUCAGUGGUGUUAAAGUGAUGGAUUUCAAGUUCAGAUUAUUCAUGGUGAUUAGCUGUCUUUUUUGUAGGUCCUUCUAAUCCAGUUUUGCACCGAAUUACAAACUCACCUAGGAUUCCAUUUUCUUGCCAGGGUUGAAGCAGAAGCUGCACUACCCUGUUUUAAGAGAGUUCAAAUAUGCUAACUGAAGUUAUUUUAAUAAAAUCACAGAAUUAUGGCUGGAUACAAGACUCAACUCCCACUCCUGAAUAGUCUGCUUCUGGAUCUUCAAUGGCCAUUAGUGGCUAAAGCUUCGUAUUUGCACCAUCUGAGAUAUUUUCCCCUUACUCUUUCAGCUUGCCUCUCCCACAACUGCAGUGGAAACGGACUCAAUUUUGACUUGGAGUGAAAAAUGCUUCUGCUGUUCCCAAAAGCAUCCAAUUGGUUCUCCCUAUAGGUCUUUCUUUUUAAGUAUUUAACUUUAUUUAAUUCAUGAGGUUGGAUGAAAUCAAAGUUGAAGAUGGCCUUGAGAUUUUUGCGGUAUAUGAAAAGUUAAUAUUCUGUCCUGAGUGUCAUACAGCUAAGCAUGUACAUGAUUUCUAGUUCCUAUUCAUGAUUCUUUUCCGAUUACAGCACCUCCUUGGUCUGCUGUUUGAAGUUUUUUUUUUUUGAUAAUAUGCUAUUCAUAAGUCAGAAGUUAGUACCUUGCAUCCGCAUGGCAUAGCUGUUGUAUGUCUGUCUUUGAAAAAUACGGGGUGUUUUUAAGCUUUGCAACUUUUUUGUAAGGCAUAGGUACAAUCAUCCUGUGAAAUGCUAUGGGGCAGUUUAGCAGCUGCAUAAAAAGCCUUUUACUCUAGGACAGAAUGUGAAGAACACUGUAGCUGUUUCAUGUAAUGGACUUUAGAAAGAUGCUGGUGUCUCUUUCCACCAAAACUGCCUGUGGGAUCCUUAGUAGUAGGUGGUCGGAGCCUCGAUUAUUUGAAGAUGCCCCUGGCACCACGAUUCAUUCUUAUGUUGUGCUGAGGUUUUGUUCAGAGCUGAACUGAGAGCAGUGCUGCCUGCUGAAUCAACACCGCAACUUCAGUCUUGGCUAUCUGUCGUCCUUCAAUCAAGUGUCGACUUUCUAACGUAAUGCAUAGCUUUCUAAAAUCUUGUGGAUAUAUGGUAAACGAUGACUACCGUGGGCUUGAAAGCUGGAUGUUAUUGGAGCAGCAUCAAACAUGUGAAUAGUGCAAGUAGAUUUGUGCUUAUUUUUAUCUCAUGCCAGGAAGCCUCUUGCUUUUUGUAGCUUUGCCAGGGAUAGUAACCCAGUAACGUGUUACCAAAAAAAAAUAUAGUCAAGAAGGUGUUUAUUUUUUAAACUGUUAAAAAUUAAUUUGGAAAAGUUAUUGACACUAAAAUGACAUACUGAUCUGGAAGGUGUUCUCCUUUCUCAUCCAAAAUCUGUGUGUUUGUGUUCUGCAGCCUUUUUUCAGGGAACAGUUACCUUGUCCUGAGUUAAGUGGAAUCUCAACUCUGUUAAUCUUCUUUCAAAUAUGUUCAUAUUUUUUCAAAUGAGAAAUUCUUUUCUAGUACAAAAAACAUCAACGUACUAAAACACUUUAUGACUGCAAGCUGGCUUUAUACUCAACUUGACAUCCUGGAUAUAUUUGGAUAAUUAAGUAUGCUUUCUCUGUCUUCAAACACAUCACUUCUGGAAUAAAAUAGAUGUUUAAUGCUAGUAGUGUGAGGGAUUACGCUUACUAGAAGCUUUUUACUGAUGACUGGAACACUGUGUUUCAUGCUUUUUGUUGUUUUACUGAAAUGAAUUAAAAAGAGGGCUAGAUCUUCUUGGCCUUUGAGUAGUGUAAAGUCAUGUGGACUCAUUGUUCCCCACAAAGAGAGUUACGCUUGUGGUUCCAUCGCUGGAGUAACGAAACAAAACAUGAUUCUCAUCUGUUUUACUCUUAGUUUUUCCUAAGUAAUAUCUUGCUGUGAAACUAGUACAGAUGAGAGCACAUACUAUCCCUGUGCAUUAGUCUUACUUUACUACUGGCAGAAGACCUGAGCUUGGAGGCUGUGAAGGUUUUCAUUAUUCUCUGUCAGCUUCUGCUUCAAAAGCUUUUUUCAAUAGCGAUCCAGCUGGGCUGGCAGGAAUAAUACGAGAUUUGCCAGUCACGCAGGAUUAGAUAAUACAGUGAUAAAAUCGCUAGUCCUUCGAUGGCCUUGGUUUGUCGUGCAGCAGUGCUACUGCUACAAGAAACUGGCUACAAGUUCGUUCUUUGAGUGCUUUUGCUGGGAAAGGAUCCUUUCCUUGGUGGAAGGAUCCCUGCGGUGGGGUCUGACUUGCCAAAAGGAGGGGAAUGUUCCUGAAGACUUGAGAAGGGCAAGGAAGGAAUCAAAGAGAAGGAAUAUGCAUACACUGAGACUCCUGUAAUUAUAUGAAAUACAAGAGGGCAUUGGCGUAACGAAGACUUGAAGAGAAGAAUGUUGUUUUUGUUAGGGAGGAGAAUAUCUCUUUGUGGGCUGCCAAUCUAGUUAAUGCGAGUUGGGCUGCGAGCUAAAAGACACUUGGGAGCAAAAUGGCCCCCGAAAGCCCUCUGUGAAACCGUGUAUUCUUUCUUCAUUUUUGGACCAUGGAAGUGGACUGGAUUCUGCAUCAGAACACUCCUCCUCACAUUGAAAGCUGCCGUCAGUUACGUCAACAAUACCCUGACUGGAAUCCUGAGUCUCACUCUUCAAAGAGAAAUGCUGGUGACCGAAAAGAGAACCAGACCCCAAAGCGCCGUUCCAACUCUGCCAGUCCCAGUCCUAGACGUUCUAGGGUCACCGGUUCUGGCUAUGUUCUUCGUCGAUCACGAUCGAGAUCCAGGAGCCCUGGCCGUUUCAGGCCAGCAAGGCCAAGAAGUCGAAGCCCAAGGCAGGUGCGACGACUUAGCCCUAGACACAGGUCAAGGUCACCGCAGCGAUCAAGAAAUCCACUGAGAACAAGUCCGCGACCUCAGAGGUCUUCCAGUAAUGAUUGGUCAUCAAGGAGGAGCACCCGAUCCCCAGACAAAAAGGCAGCUUUGGAGGCGGUAGUGAAAAGUUUGGGACCCGGCUUUGUAGCAGAGUUCAAUAAACAUAAGUCACUUCAAGCAGCUGGGCAAGGAUCUUCAGGAUCAGGAAAAUCACCACCUUCUCAUGGACUCUUAGGGAAGGUGCCUGGAAAUAUGAAGAAGCCACUGAAAACUAGUGUUUCUCCAAAGGCUUCAAAGAAAGACUUGUCUUCUCUGCCUGGGUCAAGUGCUUCUAAAUCAAAGUCUCCCGAAAUAGAUGAUUCACCCCAGAACAAAGACAUGGAAGAGGAUGAGGAAGAUUUAUCCACAGGAACCAGUGGACCUUGUCCUACUCCAUAUAACAGGCUGUUGAGAGAGGAACUGCUGAGCUGUGGGACAGUCCUUCAAAUAUCUGAUUUACCAGAUGAUGGCUUUUCAGAUCAAGACAUUAAAAAAAUUGUUCAGCCAUUUGGCAAAGUUAGUGAUCUCCUUGUACUUCGCUCUAGGAAUGAGGCCUUCUUAGAAAUGAACUACAAAGAAGCAGUGAUAGCAGCUGUGAAAUAUGGCGAAACUGUGCCAGUGCUGGUAAAUGGGAAACGUGUGAAAAUAAGUGUAGCAGAAAAGCCCAAAGCACCUGCUGGCCAGGUAAACAGCGUGAUGGAGAACAGAAUGGCCAAAAUGAACAUCAAAAAAAUGGCUCAGACUAUUAAGAAAGUUGCACCAAGUACAAAAAAAGAUCAAAGCACCAACACUAAGACUACUAAAUCCAUUACAGGUAAAAAAGAAAUAACUAAGAAAUCCUUGGUGACAGGAGAUAGUAAAAUCAAUAAGACUUCAAAUAUUGCAGUGAAAUCUAAAGAAAAGAAGCCUGAAGAUCCAAAGAUAUCAACAGAACCUGGAAUGGAAGUUGGGGAAACUAACUUGUCAGAAUCAAAGAAGGUUACAGAAGGUGACGCAGCUAUGGAGCCUGUGAAGACAGAGGAGACUCAAGCCAAAGGAAUGAAUAAACCUGCAUCCGUACUAGAGGAACUUGCACAGAUGCCUCAAGUUGUGGGGGUGGACUCGAAUCAAUUUAAUGAAGCUUUAGCUGAUCAAGAAGCUACUAUAGUGACUACAAAGAAUGAAGAGUCAGUGGAAUCGGUUAGCAAGGAAAUUGAUGAUAUAUGUGUGGUUCUUAUUUCAAACUUACCUGAAAAAGGGUAUUCUGUUGAGGAAGUCUCCAACUUAGCGAAGCCAUUUGGAGGACUGAGAGAUGUGUUAAUUUUAUCAUCUCAUAAAAAGGCAUAUCUAGAAAUAAACAGAAAAUCUGCAGAUUCCAUGGUUAAAUUCUAUACUUGCUUUCCAAUGUCACUGGAUGGAAAUCAGCUCUGUAUUGACAUGGUACCUCAGUAUAAGACUAUAAAAGAUGAGGAAGCAAUAUUUACUGCUAUCAUCAAAGAUUCUGACCCUAAGGUAAAUACUGAAACUAUACAUAAUCAGUUUGUGCAUCUUGGAAACUUGCCAGAUGAUGGAUACAGAGAGCUUGAAGUAGUUUGUGUGGGACUACGCUUUGGGAGAGUGGAUCAUUAUGUGGUGUUGAAGAACAAGAACAAGGCAAUUCUACAGCUAGAUAGUCCAAAGUCAGCUAAAUCGAUGUACUGCUUCCUGAAACAGUAUCCGUAUAGCAUGGGUGAACAUACAUUGACCUGUACGCUGUCACCCAGUAGAGAGUCUGCUGAGGCUGAAGUUGUGAAAAAAGAAGUGAAAAAGGAGGAGCCAAGCAAAGGAAGCUCUGACUUGAAAAAAUAUCCAGAGGGAUCAGGAGUGGUGCAGACAGCAGCUGCUAAUCCUCCAGUAGAGCCUAGUGUGGCAAAGAAAGAACACAUUUCCAUCUCUAAUGUCAAAGUCGAGAUGUCAGCAUUGCAGAUAGAGCCCUCUGAGUCCCAUCUUGUAAGGGAGUGUGCUGCAAGACUGCCAGAAACGUCUGUGGGGAAAAUGGAAGUCGGAGUUGAAGUUACCGUUUCAUCUAUCAAAGCAGCUGAUCCUGAAACAUGUGAAGUAAAGUCAGAAGAGAUGCAACUGUCUCCCUCCAGUGUUCACAAAGAAGAGGCAGUUAAAGAUAAUUCUGAAUCAGUCCCAUUUGAAUCUGCAAUUGUAUCUGCACCAGAGAGGGAAAUGAGAGUGGAAGCUGAAGAACUAUCUGUUCCUGCCGUUGACCCAUCAGAGGAAUUAGCUGACGUGGGCAAGCUGGAAGGUGCGCAGUCAGAUUCUGCUGCGAAGCCGGCAGCAGGGGAAACAACAGGGGCUGUCUCUGAAGCAGCGCCCCCUGAGUCUGAUGCAGCCUCCGUGAAGAUGAUGUCAUCUGUUGACGCUCAACAAAACAACAAGUUGGAUGCUCCUGAAAAAAACCCUGUUUCUGAUGCUGUGAGAACUGAAACUGAAAUGCCUGGGACUCAGAGUGGGAGGAUAACAGAAAAGAAACUUGUACUUAAAAUUGGGACAGCCACGGAAAAGAAACUGGACGUAGCUGGAGCCGACAUAGGCAUGAAAUCAGAAGAGUCUGUGCUCAAAGUUGGAACAGCUACAGAGGAUAAGCCUGAAAAGCUUUUGACCAAGACUGGGGCAGAGGCAGAGAAGAAGCUUGAAAAAUCUCUGGCCAAGGUUGGGGCAGGUGUUGAAAACGCUGAAAAAAUUGUGAAUGAAAGCAACGAGGGAAAUUUAAUCAAAGCACAUCAAAACAAAGGAGCAGAACAAGCGAAAACUGAAACCUGCAAAGCAGUUCUGUUAAACUCAUCUUUAUCUAUCAAGGAAUCUUCCUCUGUUAGUAAAACAAUUUUAAAGGCAGUGGUGUCUCUCCCUGAUAUAUCAAAAGCAAGGGUUCCAAUACGGAGAAAUGAGACUUCCCAAAGCAAAGGAGAGGAGCAGAAAGCUUCCUUGAAACCUGAGACCCGAAGCCAAGCAGCUGUGGAGAAGAAAAUUGCAUCAAAAGAAGUGGGUCAUCCAAGACCUGGUGGCAGCAGAUCAAGUCUGUCGGAUAGCAGCGGCAAAUCUAAAGUGAACAGAAGUGCUGCUGUUGAUGAAAAGGGAGGCAAUGGGAGGAAUUCAUCUCAGCAAGACAAGGAGUCAAGAGUGGAAUCUAGGGCUAGUUCAAAACAGUCUCAAGACAGAGAGAGUAGAUCAUCCAGCAUGAAGAAAGACAACAGCAGCAACAAGGCUUCUGUUGGUGGAAGUACUAGAACUUCAAAAAGCAGCACUAGCAGCAGUGCAAAACAGAAAGAGGAAGAAGAGCUUUUUCCAUUUAACCUGGAUGAGUUUGUUACCGUGGAUGAAGUAACAGAGGAAGUUGAAUCUCCUGUUAAAACCCGUAGAAAUCCACCGAGGGGGAAGAGAAAAGAUGGUUCUAAAAAUAACUCUUCUGAGCCUAGUUCUAAAAGAAGGAAAGGGAAAAGCUCCAUAGCACGCGUUGCUGAAAGCGAACUGUCUUUUGUCACUUUGGAUGAAAUUGGGGAAGAGGAGGAUGUGACUGCCCAACUAAUGGGAGUUGCUAAUUUAGAUGCACUAGCUGAUCCACAGGGCCUGGUUGUUGUGGAUGAAGUAGUUGAAGAGGAAGAACUUACAGGAGAAGCAGUAAAGGACCCACAGUCACUUGUUACUUUAGAUGAAAUAUCUGAACAGGAGGACCUUAGUUUUCGUAAAGAUGUCCCUAGGUCAGUUUUUGAGGAGCAAGAUUUGAAAGCGGAACCCUUAGUAACUGUAGAUGAAAUAGGGGAAGUGGAAGAGCUUCCUCUGAAUGAGCCUACGGAUUUACACAUCGAGGAUGCAAUGAAACAAAAGGAAGAUGAUAAAGUGACUGUGGAGGAUUCUGGAGAUUUUGUUUCCUCUCAGGUGCCUGAUGAUCCCAGUGCUUUAGUGACAGUAGAUGAAAUACAGGAGGACAAUGAGGAUACCCCUCUCGUGACUUUAGAUGAAGUCAAUGAAGAUGAAGAUGACUUUCUGGCCGAUUUCAAUCGUUUAAAAGAGGAACUAAACUUUGUUACAGUAGAUGAAGUUGGAGAGGAGGAUGAGGAAGAAGAAAACCCUUUCAUAGGGAAAAAUCUGAAUGAGGAUGAAGAUGAAGAUAUUGUUGCUGUUGCAGGACCAGAAGAGGAAGAUACUGCUGCUACUGCAGAAACGGAAGAGGAAGAUAUUGUUGCUGUAGCAGGACCAGAAGAAAUGGAAAUUCUAGGAGACAUGAGUCCAGAAGAAGAAAUUAUUUCGAUCUCAAAGUCAAAAGGAAAGGAACCUCUCGUAGCUUCCAGAGGGGAAAUAGAAAAUAAGAUGGUUGCAGCAGAGGGACAGGAAAAGGACAGAGAGAUCCCUGUAGCAAAUAAAGAGGAAGCUGAAAAGUGUGAAAUUUUUGUCAAAGUUCAUGAAAGAGAUGCUACAAAAGAAACAGAGACUGACAGCGAACAGCAGCCUGAAGAAGAUCACCUGGGAUCAGGAAGUAAAGAACCAGAGUGUAAGCGAAAGAAAAUGGAUUCUUCAGAUGCAUCAAAGACACAGAGUACUGCAAGAGAUUUAGAUUUCCUUGUUCCAAAGGCUGGCUUUUUCUGUCAGAUCUGUUCUCUAUUCUAUGCAGAUGAAAUGUCUGUGAAAAAUCACUGCAAGACUCCACUUCAUCAGCAAAAUAUGGAGAAAUUCAUGGCCAAGCAAAAGGAAGAGGACAACGAUGGGGAAGAGCGAAGCUCAAGGUGAUCAGAGGAAAGAAGAAUUCUUUCAGUAAUUUAAACUUAGGGUCCAGUCAAUUUUGUGUAUUUUGUUAUGAUUUAAUUUGUAAUUUUGUUUCAGAAGCAAGCACUCAUGUUGUAUAAAUUUGAGCUCAGUGUAGACAAACUAAAAAGAGAAACGUAUGGUGGCUUCGAUUUGUAUAUCAAAUCAUCUGACUUGGAAGAGCCUUCUUUUACAAGUGUCGACACGAAAUAAAUGUUCUUACUGUAUAGUUAACACCA